AUGGUUUAUUCAUCAAAUGAUGAUAUAACAUUAGAUAAUAGAAAAGAUGUUAUAAUUAAUAAUGCAGAAAAAAAAAAUAUAAAUUUAGAUAAAAGAAGGAGUUGUAAUUAUGAAUAUGAUGAGGAAGAAAAUGAUGACAUAAUAAAAAAUAAUGAAAGAAUUAUAAGUGGAGAUGAGAAAAAAAUAUAUAUAUCAAAUAAUGAAGGGAAAGCAAAAAAUAAUUUAAAUGAUCCUAAUAUUCUAGAGAAAGGAACAAGUAGAAGUUCUUCAAGUAAUAUUUUUAAAAAUAUUGAUAAAAAACAUGAUAGAAAAGAAAAUGAUAGUUUAAAAGACAAAGAAAAAAGAGAUAAUAUGAGAGAAGAAAAGGAUUAUUAUGUUAUAGAUAAACAAGUGAAUAUUUCGAAUACACAUAAAAUAGAUGUAGAAAUGGAGAAGAUAAAAAAUAAUGAUCUUAGAAUGAAUAAUGAAGAAAUUAAUUUUGAUGAUGAAAAUAAAAGAAAUAAUAUAUUUGAUAUAAAGAAGAGUAUAUCUACAAAUGAUAAUAUAAAAUAUAAAAGUGAUAGUCAUAAGAAAGAUUUUGUUAAUACAAAUGAAACAGGAAGGAAGGAUAUGAAUAUUAUAUAUGAUAAUAAUUAUGAAUGGGAUAUAAAUGAUAAUAAUAAUAUAAAUAAUGAAUAUUUGAGGUAUGAAAAAAAUCAUAUAAUUAAUAAUGGGCAUAUUAAUAAAAAUGUAAAGAACGAUGAUAAUAAUAUCUAUUAUGAAAAUAAUGAGAACCCCUAUAAAAAGGAAUGUAUUCCAACAGAUGAGCAUAUUAAAAUGGAUAAGGUUAUAGUAGAUAUAAAAGAUGAAAAGAAGGAAGAAAAAAACAACUUUAUUUCAAAUAAAGAUGAAAGAAAAAACAUUAUUUCAAAUAAAGAAGAAAAAAACAACUUUAUUUCAAAUAAAGAUGAAAAAAAAAACUUUAUUUCGAAUAAAGAAGAAAAAAACAACUUUAUUUCGAAUAAAGAAGAAAAUGGGAAAAAAAAUAAAGAACAUGUAAUAAAUAAGGUUGAAGAGGCACCUGGAUAUGAAUACAGUCAUAAUAUUAUUUACCAUGAAUUAUAUGUAGAGUUAUUACAUGUAAAUAAGAAUUUACAGAAUGAGAUUAAGAAUUUAAAAAAGAUUAUUGAAAUGCAAAAAAUUUUAAUCAAAAGUAAAGAAGAAGUUUUUCUAGAUCAUUUAAAUGAAAAAAAUAAAAUGAGUAAUAAAAAAUUGAUGAAUCAUAAUUAUUUCUUAAAUUUCUUUAAUAAAAAGAAAAAGAAAAGUAAGGAAUACAAAACACCAUUUAAAGAAGAAUAUGAAGAAGAGGAAGAUGAUGACGAUAUAGGAUAUGUGGUUGAUAGAAAGAAGCAAACAUAUUUCGAUGUGAAUAAAAAUUAUCAUGAAGGAAAAAGAGAACUAGAAGAAGAAAUUCAUAAUGUUUCUGAAGAACAUUUUGAUAAGAAAGGUUCUUAUUUAGAAUGUGAAAAAAUAUAUAAUGAUGAUGAAGAUAUGUUUGAAUAUGAUAUGGAUAUAAUAUAUGAAAAAGAGGAAAAUAAAAAUAACAAAUAUAUAAAAUUACCAUCUAUAGAUAAUAAUGAUUUUUCAGAAUUGACUGAUAGGGAUAUGGAUUCACUAUACGCAGAUAAUAAUAAUAAUAAUAUGAACAAUAAUAGGAACAAUAAUAUGAACAAUAAUAUGAACAAUAAUAUGAAAAAUAAUAGGAACAAUAAUAGUAAUAAUAAUAACAAUAGUAAUAUUAUUAAUGUUGAAAAUAAUGAUGAUGUUUAUUUUUUUAAUGAUGAAAAAGAAGAAAAUAAUUAUUCAAGGAAAUAUGAAUUUGAACAAUCUAUGUUAUAUAAUAUUGAAGUAGAAGAUGAAUCAUGUAAUAAUUCGAUGACAAUACAAGAAAUUACAUGUUUAACAUUUUGGUAUGAAGAAAUAUUACCAUUAGUAAAUAAUGAUAAAAAAAAGAAUUUAUUAAUUAAUAGAAUGAUAACAAAUUAUAUGCCUAAUUCUAUAAAAGGAUAUUUUUGGGAAAUGUGUAUUAAAAAUAAAUUAAAUCUUACUGAAUAUUUUGUUCAAAUAUUAAUAAAAAAUACCAAUUUUAUACAAGCAUAUGUAUAUACUAAUAAUAGACAAUAUCAUAAUCAUGUUUCUAGAUAUUUUAAAUCCUUAAUUGUAUUAAGAAAUAAUAGUUUAAAUAUAAAAGAAGAAACAAAUGAAAAUGAUCAAGAUAAUACACAAAAACCAAAUGAUGAUAAUAUAUCAUUUGAUAGUAAUAAAUUUCAUAUUAAUGAACAUGAUAAAUAUUAUGAACAAAAUGAUAAUAUUUUUUCUGAACCCAAAAAUAUGUUUGAUAAUAAAAAAAAUGACCUUUUUGAUAAUAAAAAAAAUGACCCAUUUGAUAAUAAAAAAAAUGACCCUUUUGAUAAUAAAAAAAAUGACCUUUUUGAUAAUAAAAAAGAUGACCCUUUUGAUAAUAAAAAAGAUGACCAUUUUGAUAAUAAAAAAGAUGACCCUUUUGAUAGUAAAAAUGAUAACCAUUUUGAUAAUAAAAAAGAUGACCAUUUGAGUGAUGAAAAAAUGAAUAAUAUUCCUAAUUCUAAUGCUAAUAUAAACUUACUUCAGAAAUUUUCAGUACAAAAAUUCUUCUAUCAAAUAUUAAUAGAUUUAGAUAGAACUAUGUAUAUAAUAACAAAAAACAAAGAAUAUUUUGCAAAAUAUAAUAUUCAAACUGAUAAUGUUUUAUCAUCUGUUAAUUUAUCGGAUAUGAAAAAAAAAUUAAAUACACUCUUGCAAAUGUAUGUCCUUUUUAAACCAGAAUUAGGUUAUGUUCAAGGCAUGUCAUAUAUCGCCCUCGUAUUUUUAUUAUAUACUAACUUAGAAAAGGCAUUUGUCCAUUUUGCAAAUUUUAUGGAGAGGAAAGAUAUUUAUAAUUUAUAUAGUUUUAAUAAAGAAGAAAUAAAAAUUUACAUUUAUACAAUUAAACAGAUUCUUACGAAAAGAAAUAUAGAAGUAUACAAAGAAAUUAUCAAACAUUAUAAUAUAGAUAAUAUAUUUAUUCAGUGGAUAUAUACAAUCUUUUUAACGUGUUUACCUUUUAACAUUUAUAUAAGAUUGUUUGACAUAUAUACAUUUAAUGAAAAAAUAAUAUACGAGGUCAUUAUUUGCAUAUUCACCUAUUUUAAUAAAUAUCAUCCAACUGAUAAUGUUGAUAUUAUUAUAAAAGAUUUAUCUUCCUUUGCUUUUAAUUCGUAUAUUAAGGAGGAAAAGUUUUGGAAUUUGUUAAAAAAAAUUAAAAUAAAAAAAAGGAAAAUCUUGUAUUAUAAAGAUAAAUAUUUUAACAAAAUGAAUAGUAAAGAUGAUGAUUGCAGCAUAGAAAAAUAA